AGAGAGAGAGGGAGAGGGAGAGAUAUUGAUUUAUGAGUGGGUUGAGAGGGCGAGAAGGAAGAGGAAGAGGAGGAAGAGAAGGAGGAAGACGAAGAGAAGAUGAAGAUGAAAAAAAAAAAGAGAGGAGAAGGAGGAAGAAGAAGGAAGAAGAGUAGGAGGAUGAGGAGGAUGAAUAAGAGGAGAUGGAAAGAAGAGAAGGAGGAAGACGAAGAAGAGGAGGAUGUGAAGAGGCAUUUGGAAGCUGAACGAAAUCGGUUUAAAAGAGAGAGAGAGAGAGAGAGAGAGAGAGAGAGAGAGAGAGAGAGAGAGCGGCCCAGACACACCACCACCACCGCCAGCCAGAAAGUCAGUCAGCCAGUCUCCGCUGGAACCUCACGCGAGAAACACACACACACGCACACACCCACACGCCGGCAUUCCACGCACGCACACAACCUCCCCUUGUGUGCACGUGCCCCCGGGAGCGCCCUACACACCCAGGGGAGAUGAUGAAGAAAGGGAAGAAGGAGAAAUUGAGAAGUAAGGUGCACAAGAUCAAAACAGGAUUACCUCAAGAUGAACUGGUCACGGUGAAAUCUGACUUGGUUUUAAUCUCGUCUGAGUGGGAAGAGCAGGAACAAGAGGUGAAGUUUACGCCGCAGGAUAGUCUGACUGGGAAAGGCGGUGGUGCUGGUGGUGGUCAUGGUGGUGGCGGUGGUGAUGGUGGUGGUGGUGGUGGUGAAGAGGGCGCGGGUGGUGGCUGCAGCGGGUGUCAGGCGAGUAAGCGGGUGUUGAAAGGACUGCUGCGCCUGUUACUGCUGCUGCUGCUGCUGUAUGUCUUCGUCUGCUCCCUGAACCUGCUGUCCACGGCCUUCAGACUGCUGGGCGGGAGGACUGCUAGUGCUAUGUUCAGGAGGGGCCCCCUUCUGCGGAGUCCCGUGGUGGGUGUGAUGGUGGGUGUGGUGGUGACGGUGUUGGUGCAGUCCUCCUCCACCUCCUCCUCCAUCAUCGUGUCUAUGGUGGCAGCGGAGUUUUUGGACGUCCAGACAGCGGUGCCAAUCAUCAUGGGUGCCAAUAUCGGAACCUCACUCACCAACACACUCGUUAGUCUCGGCCAGGCCGGAGACAGGGCACAAUUUGAGCGCAGUUUCGCUGGAGCAGUUGUUCACGACAUGUUCAACUGGCUGUGUGUGGGAGUGCUGCUGCCAAUAGAGGCCGCCACGGGGUACCUGCGUCACUUCAGCUCCUUCCUUCUCAACGGGGUCACUAAUCUGGGACACGGCGGCCUGAAAGUGUCUCUCCUCUCAGCCCUGACUAAACCACUGACGGAGAGAAUUGUUCGACUUGACAAGAAGGUUUUAAUGGCUUGGAGUUUAGGAGACGAGAAAUUCGAAAAUGCUACUCUUCUGUUACGAUUCUGUCCCUCCUCUUCCUCCUCCUCCUCCUCCUCCUCUUCAUCCUCUUCCAUAUUUGAACUCGCAGAUAAUUCCUCUUUAGAUCUUCUUGCGUAUAAUUCCUCCCUGUAUUUCUCCUCCUCCUCCUCCUCUUCUUCCCUCCUCUCCUCCAAUGAGUCAGUGAGCGCUGGAUUCGAAGCCUCGCCAACUGGUUCAUGCGGUACACUAGCAGAAAACCUCGGCCUUAGUGACGUCGGGGUAGGCUUGGUUCUGCUCACCGCCUCCCUGCUGGUUCUCGCCCUCUGUCUGUUAGCCAUCGUCAGGACUCUCUCUGCCCUGCUCAGUGGAUCGGUGAGGCAUCUGGUGGAGGGGGUGGUGAACGCUGACCUGCCCUAUGUCCCCUGGCUCACUGGCUAUGUGGCUAUCCUGGCAGGGGCGUUGUUUACCUUCCUCCUUCAGUCCUCGUCCAUCUUCACCUCCACACUGACGCCCUUGGUCGGUCUCGGCGUCAUCACCGUGGAGAGAAUGUACCCGUUGACUCUGGGUUCAAAUCUCGGCACCACAACAACGGCUAUAUUCGCUGCGCUGUCAGCUGACGGCAACACGCUCCUCCCAGCCUUGCAGAUAUCACUCGUUCAUAUGCUUUUUAACCUCUCUGGGAUAAUUUUAUGGUAUCCAGUCCCGUAUCUGAGGUUUCCAAUACCCUUAGCACUGGCACUAGGAAGGGUGACGGCUAAAUAUCGCUGGUUUGCUGUGGUGUAUAUUCUUUUAACUUUUUGCGUAUUGCCUUUUAGUGUGUUUCUAAUUUCCCUCGGCGGGCAGAAAGUGGCGUGCACUGUAUAUUCCUGCGUUUUCGUUCUAUUAGCGUUGAUUUUUGGCGUCAAUGUGUGUCAGAACAAGUGCCCGAGUGUGCUGCCGGAGUGUCUGAGGACCUGGGAGUGGCUGCCCGCCCCGCUGCGUUCACUUAAGCCGUACGAUGUUGUCAUGUCUAAGCUGAUGUGCUGCUGCUCGCACUCCAAACAGAUGGAGUACGAUAGAGUGGCUACCAACAUCUCCCACGCCAAGCCUGUCGAUCCAGCGUCUCAUAUUGUGGUGGUGGUGCAGGAGCCGUGUGUUGGUGGCAAGUGUGGUGGUGGUGGUAGUGGUGGGUAUUGCGUGUGUAGCGGUGGUGGUGGUGGUGGUGGUGGUUCGGAUAGGUUAGGUUAGGUUUAGAUAGUUGUUGAUGAUGUUAUUGUUGUUGUUAUUGUUGUUGUUAUGACGUGGUUAUGAAAUGGUUGUGAUUUUGGUGGAUUUGUUGUUAUUAUUAUUAUUAUUAUUAUUAUUAUUAUUAUUAUUAUUGUUAUUAUUAUUAUUAUUAUUAUUAUUAUUAUUAUUAUUAUUAUUAUUGUUAUUAGGCAACAUUUCAAUUUUCCUUUCUUUUUUCUAUUCAUUGUUUCCUUAUUUUCUUCAUACAUUUUUCUUUUUUUCCCCCCCUCUCUCUCUCUCUCUCUCUCUCUCUCUCUCUCUCUCUCUCUCUCUCUCUCUCUCUCUCUCUCUCUCUCUCUCUCUCUCUCUCUGUGUGUGUUAUUAAUGGUGGUUAUGACAAUGGUGGUUGCUAGCUUACAAUGGUGGUUAUGAUGUUGCUUGUUGCCUCAUUGACUUCCGGCGAUUGUUGUAUAUCUUUAGAAUUUUGGUGACGAGAAUGAGCUACAGUGUUUAUAGGCCUCGAAAAUGUUUAUAGGCUCAGGUGAAGUGAAAUGUUUUUAAGACUACGUAAAUUGUAAUGUUUAAAGGCCUUAGUAACUAGCUAUGUUUAUAUUUUGGUUAUGCGAAAUGUUUAUAGGCUCAGGUAGAUAAUAUCGUAAUGUUUAUAGACUCAGGUGAAGAGCAAUGUUUAUAGGCCUUGAGAAUGAAUAAUGUUUAUAGGCUUAGGUAAUGUAGACUGUUUAUAGGCCUAAGUAAGUUGUGAUCUUUAUAGAUAACAGGAAUACCAAUGUUUAUAGGUUAAAGUAAGUAGCGGUGUUUGUAGGCCUGAAUAUUAAUGUUUAUAGGCCGUAGGUGAUGUGCAGGGAAUGGUGGUAGUGCUUUGGGCGAUGUUUAUAGCCAAAAAAAAUUGUAGUAGGCAUACGUUUGACCUAAAUGUUGAUAGAUCCGGUGAUGGAAUUGUGGUUAGGCCAAUAUUAAGCAGCCAAUCGUGGUAGCACAAAAAUACGGCUAAUGUUUAUAGGCCUGAGCUUAAAAUUUCAGCAGGAAUGUUGGUAGGUGUAAACAUUAUGAUUGGUGUGGGCUGGCAGGCUGAGUAUAUGAAUAUUUGUAAUGUUGGUAGUGAAGAAUGGUGUCAGGUAGUGAUGGUGGUGGUAGUAGUGUUAGUAGGUGAUGUUGGUAGAUAAUGAAUAGUAGUAGUAAUAGUAGUAGUAGUAGUAGUAGUAGUAGUAGUAGUAGUAGUAGCUGGGUGGUGGUGAUAGCUUGGUGGUAGUUUGAAAUAGUGGUUGUGAAAAGUAAUAGUAGAAGUAGUAGUAGUAGUUGUUGUAGUAGUAAUCUGGGGUAGUAAUAAUAGUAGUUGUUGAUAAUGGUGGUAGUUAGGCCUACUAAUGUUGAUAGAAUAGAACCACAAUUAUAAGCCAAUCAUUACAGAGCUUACACAAAAGAUUAUAUAUAUAUAUAUAUAUAUAUAUAUAUAUAUAUAUAUAUAUAUAUAUAUAUAUAUAUAUAUAUAUAUAUAUAUAUAUAUAUAUAUAUAUAAUUCCUAAGUAAUUGCCUUAAUAAUAAUCUUAGAAGCGAAAACAAUGCAAUAAUUAAGCUCAUACGAUUAUUUAACUACCUAAUAUAAUUACAUAUAUAUAACUGGAAGGAAGAACCUAACCUAUCUAAUGUCAAAAAUUAUGUAUUCGUAAAAUUGCAAAUGUAUAGCUAGUGAUUGCAUAUAUUCCAGUUAUAUGGUUGAAAUGCAGGAAAUCAGGCCUACACGUGGCAGUCCCUCUGUGAAGCACACCGGUCUGUUUCCACCUGUCAUCUCCACCCAUGUAGUAGUAGUAGUAGUAGUAGUAGUAGUAGUAACAAGAACACAAGGGUUGGUGCAGGAAGCCAUCAGGCCUACACGUGGCAGUCCCUGUAUGACAUUCCUGCCCGCCUCCACCUGUGAUCCACACACACGGUCUCGCGGGACACAGCCGUGGGUCACGUCUGGUGCCACACGCCUGGCCAGAUCGUCGCGGCCAGGCUGAAGUACUCCAGUAUAAUUUAAGUAACUGUCUGAUCCAGUUAUAUUAUGUGUAACUAAAAUAAGGACGUUUAAAUUAUAUAUAGAUUUAGCAAUUAUGUAAAAAUUAAAAUAUCAAAGAGGAUUGUAAAACUAAUACCUCAUUGUAAAAUUGACACAUAUUUUCAUAAUCACGUAAAAUUAACACAUUAAAAUUAUAACUAUGUAAAAAUUCACGCAUAUAUUUUAUAACGUAGAAAUGAACACAUGUUUAAACUAUCAUAGACAAUAGCAAACUUAGAUUAGAUUUAAAAGAGAGUAAAAAAGACGCGAUAUUAAAUCAACACAUAGAUAUAAGAUUACAUUAUCACACUAAUAACCUCAUAGUGCGUAAGGUCGUCUUUGCAGCGUUAGAAGCCUUGUUAUGAGUCUUAAGAACUCUGUAGCUUCCUGGCUUAAAGGAAUCCAGUUUAAACUCUGACCAUCGAAACGAAAGACGAUCGUUUGUAAAGGAUUCAAAUUGUGCUUUUCAUUCCCUCCUCGUCUUUCUUUCUCUCUCCCUUUCUCGUUCUUCUCCUUUCACCACUCGCUUUCCUUUUUUCUCCUCUUCUUGUUUAUCGUCGGCCAAGGAAAAAUGAGAAUUGGUUACGAAGAUAAGCGCAGAAAGAGGAAGAGAAGAGAGAAAUAUAGAGAAAAGGAAGAAAAAAAUUAUAGAAGAGAGAAAGAAGAAUUAGUUUUCCUUAUCCAUCUCUUCAUUUCCUUUUCUUUUGUCUCGCUUUUCAGAAUCAUGUUUUCACUUUCCCUUUCAUUUUAUGUUGAGAGGAGAGGCAGCCAGCGAGCCACGAAGCUCUGUGCAGUGCCUCGAGUCGCUCCACGAAGCGCUUGUCUGUGUGAAGCAGCGCAGUGUAUUUUUCGUAAUAAAAAGAACAAAUAUA